CUGAAGACUAUUUCAUUGAAGACAACGACAACCAGCAGCGCUGGACAUUUAAGACUGACCAACAAUUUCAGUACGAGACAGGACAUGAGUCCCUGGAGACAAGAUACAUAAAACUGACGCGUCUCGAUGACCUCGAACAAGUAAUGAUGUUUAGACGAGGACCAGAAAAUGGCCAACGUUUGUUUGUAAGCUUAAUUAAACAGAUGUUGGCCUUGGAUGCAAACCAGCGCAUAACACCAUCGGAGGUUCUCCGGCAUCCCUUUUUCAACCCUAAGAGUUCCCCUUGCAUUGACAUGAGUGCUGAAAGACCACAAAACCCUGUGGUCUUUCAGCACCCUUUAAACUUGAAAUGCAAGAGAUCAGAGAAAAUCAACUGCAGUUUUCAAAACUCGGUUGAAUUUUCUCAGCAAGUAUUCAUCCACACGUCAGCUAACCCAUCCUUCAGCUCAGAUGAGCUUGAAAUAGUUGAAGGGAGCAUUUUGGGAAAACACUACAAGGUAGAGGCUUUCCUCGGAGAAGGGGGCUUUGGUAUUGUAGCCAAAUGCCGUGAUACCAACACCAACCAAGCUGUGGCUAUUAAGGUGAACAAGAGCCGCCCUGAUAUUCUGCAACAGGCAAAAAAGGAAAUUUUCAUCCUGGAGCAGCUGCGAAGGUUGGAUCCAGAAGCCGCCAACAUUGUUCAAUGGAACGGCUUUUUCCUUGACAGAGAGCGGGUUUGCCUGAAAUUUGAACUCCUUGAUCAAUGCCUGUGGGACUACAUACGGAACCCGAAUAACCGGCGUCUCCCCAUAAGCGAAGUCAGGCCAAUUUUAGGUCAACUCACAAAUGCUCUGUCACACCUGGGUUCUUUGGGAAUAGUGCACGCUGACCUAAAACCUGGAAACAUCAUGGUUGUAAAUCGCUAUGAGUCUCCAGUCAAAGUCAGACUUAUAGACUUUGGCCUCGCAUGUCCUGCGUCUGCAGUGAUGCCUGGUGACCGUGUGGGGACAGUUGGUUAUAGUGCGCCUGAGGUUAUGCUUGGCCUUCCUUAUAACGAAGCAUGUGACAUGUGGUCUCUGGGGCUGGUGGCUGUGGAGCUUAUUACAGGGGUGCCACUCUACCCUGGAAAAAAAUAUUAUGAUGUUUUGAAAUUCAUCAUAGAGACUCAGGGUCAGCCACCAGAUCAUGUUCUCGAU